AUGGCUCCUGGUUUCCACUUCUCCUGGUUACUGGUUGGCUGGUUGGUGGUAACUAUGGCAGAAGGACAAGAUGUAGUCACCCCUCCUGGAGGCUCACAAAAUAACGUGAACCCUACAGACUGCCAGAUCUUCACAUUUACCCCUCCACCCACCACAAGGAAUCUGGCAACAAGGGCCCAGCCCGGCACAAGGACACCCACGUUUUAUUUUCCACCUAGGAGGCCCGGUUUCUUCUACCCGAGGUUCCCUUUCUUCCUUCCAAACUCUCGUCGCUUCCAGUUCCGGCCUUUCUACCCACCACGUGGUAGACUGACUCCUUGGAGGCUCUUUCUUGGAAGACGGCUCCGGAGCGGAAGCUCAUCUGAGGAGAGCACGGAGAAAUGA